CUGCCCAGACUGCCUCACUCAGUCACCCACAUUCAUCUACUGUAAAAGUAAAAAGAUAAUAAACACCAAACACUGAACGCACUAUGAUUAUAUUAUAAACGCUCGCCGUCCUCGCUCGAGUACUGAGAACUUGACGUCUUGACACUGUCUUGUCAAAUGUUUUCGUUUAGUUGAUUUUGAUACCGAUCACUAUCGUCUUACUGUGUACGCCUUGCACGCUCAGACUGUAAUCGUUAUUGCGUUGAAUCAAAGCAAUGCGAAUGUUAUAGUCGAAAGACAAUAAUAAGUAAUAACGAUUUGUGGUUACCUACGUACUGUCAUCAUUGUCGAACAAUGAUGGUCAACAGAUAGAAUUAGCGAUCGCCCUGUGAUCGCACCGCUGAAAUCGUGAAUAAAUGGUGCUUACGACUCGCCGGAAUCAACAAUGGAGGCACCGUCAUCGAAAAGAUUCUGCUGCUCCGUUUGCGUCCAUACAGUCAAGAGCAUCCCGGUGAUAUUCAUCUUGUGCAUACUAGCAUGGUCGUAUUACGCGUACGUCUAUCACCUGUGCCUCAGUCGGGUCACGUCCGUCGAACUGUCGAUACCAUAUCUUCUAGUGUACCACGUCAUACUAGUGUUGUUCCUAUGGUCGUACUUCAAAACGAUUUUCACAAAGCCAAGCGGCGCACCACCAAAUUUCAGACUGCCAGAAGAAGUAUUUGAAGAGUUCAAUAAAAAUCCUAUAGAUUUGAGCAGACAAAGCGCUAUUUUACGUGAUUUUGCUGAAAAUUUGCCCAUCAUGACUUUUACAAAUACCAAUGAACAUUUUUUUUCAGAUAUUCGAUUCUGUGAUAAAUGUAAAAUAGUCAAGCCAGACAGAUCACACCAUUGUAGCGUGUGUCGUAAAUGUGUGUUAAAAAUGGAUCACCAUUGUCCAUGGGUGAACAAUUGCGUCUCAUAUUCUAACUACAAGUAUUUUAUAUUGUUUUUGGCAUAUGGUCUUUUAAUGUGUGUUUAUGUGGCAGCUACAACAGUUGAAUAUGUUAUCAAAUUCUGGGAUAUUACUACAGAUAUGCGAAUUCAAGAAGGAUCAUAUAAAAUUCAUAUAAUAUUCUUGUUUUUUAUUGCUUCAAUGUUUUCAUUAAGCUUAUUCUCAUUGCUUGCAUAUCAUAUCUACCUGGUUUCAAAAAACAGAACAACAUUAGAAUCUUUCCGUCCUCCUAAAUUUUUGGAUGGAAGUGAUAAAAAUGGAUUCAACUUGGGAUGCUGCAGAAAUAUACAAGAAGUGUUCGGUAAAGAAGUUCUUUUGUGGCCUUUUCCUAUUGACACUCGCCUUGGUGAGGGUGUGUCAUUUCCAAUCAAUAAAACUGUACCUGAAGCUCAAAGUCUGUUAUUCUCAGAUGUGAACAACCAGAAAACAUCAAUUGAUUUUGAACAUUAUGAUACGUCGUUGUUUACAUCAGUCUUAAUAAGUGAUGAUAACAUGAGCUCAACAGAUACAAAUGCCCCUAAAUAUCAAGAUCUUAUUCAAAUUUAGUACGACUUACACUAACUUAAUUCUAGUGGGAUUUGGUCCAAACAGUCCAGUGCAUAUUAUUGGUAUAGCUUGUUGGGUGAGAUAGAGCAAUCUCACCACCAACGUGUUUUCAACAAGUAACCUUCGACCCUUGGCUGUGACCAUGACACCUCCUAUUUCUUGAUUCGGUAACUUAAUACUAUUAUCAAUAUUUAUUUCAAUAUUCAUUCCUGUGUUAGCCAAAUAUAUUUCACUUAAUUCAGGGAUCAUUAAGUCAACGCAUUCCAUAUCGUCUGAUAUCAGUAUUAAGCUUAUUUUUUCUUCCAAAACCUUGAAAUAUAUAGAAUUAAAAGUUUUUAUUUGUUGUUAAAUGAUCUACUAUUAUAACAAUACUACUUGGUACAUUGCUUGUAGUAUUAACUUUUUGAGAAUUUUCAAAUAUUGUGAUUUGUGGUUUCGCAAUUUUAACAGUUCUCUGUUUACGUCGGCCAACACAGAUUUAAUAAAUGUGUCUCUGGCAUUCAAUAUUUCUAACUUGGCAUUUGUCAUUAACUUGGUAAUCAUUCUAUGAUGUAGACCAAAAGAAUUUUCCAUUCACAAAAGUACCUACCUAUACACUUUUUAAUAUUACUCACGUUGCUGUUGUUCUAUUCAUAAAUUUUGUCUUUUUCUUGUACAACUGAUCGAUUUUUAAUUUUUCUUUGAGUAUAAUUUCGUUUUUUUUAAUAUCAAAUUCAUUUUCUGAUUGAGUGUCAAUAUUUUGUUCAAUUUCAUUUGCUUCAAACUCUAUGAACCUGAUCAUUUUAUCCAACUAAAAUAAUAUAAAAUAAUUUAUGUUCUACGUGCGUGACCUAUAAUCGCGAUCGAAGGUAUUUUUAAGAAAUUUAGCUUGAAUAAUUAUUUUUUCUCCACACUAAUACAUUUCACAUACAAGUAAAAAAUAAAUAACCUCAUUUCAAAAGAAAAUUAUUUUUAGAUAUCAACUGCAAUUAUUGCAUGAACACAAUAGUUGUCAUCAGAUAAAAUUAAUUUUGGAAAGUAUAGGGCUCACUUGUUGGUUUAAUUGCGAUUUGUUCAUGUUGUAAUAUUAUAAAAUAAUAAUAUUAGUUAACGAAAAUCCUUUUACUUAAUUUUGAAGUAUUUCAGACUAUACAAUUGCGAUAAAUACUUUGGUCUGUCAACACUCAGUUGUUAAGUAAUAAUUACACUAAUGUAAAACCACGGCGACAGGAAUGUAAAAUAUUUAUUGUAUUAAAAAAAAAAUAAAACAUUUAAAAAAUACAUGUUAGCAUUUACGAUUCAAGCAUUUUUUAAUGGUUCAGGAAGUGUGUCUCCGCUGCAGUUGAACAUGUCGUAAUCAUUUAAACCGACCAUUUCCAUACUUUUUACCCAAAGUUUUUUUGCCAGCUCUGGGUCUUUUGCUAACGCCGAUGGUUCUUUCGCCUUACAAUCGCUGAAACACGCAAUUACCAUAGAAAUAAUAAUAACAUUUUCAAAAAAAAAAAAAAAAAAAUAGUUCCAAAAACAACAUGCCUGUAAUAAAGUCCUGUUUCCUCUCCAGCCUUUUCGUCUAUUGAACAGUGCAAAGUAGUCUGAGCUCCUUGUUCUGGAGUCUUAACAAAUGGAUAAAGAAUAAUACGGCCUAACAGCCACAUGCCUGGAAAGAACACUUGGUCUACUGUUCUAGGUAAUUCGGUAUUCACGAUUCCCGGAUGUAGACUGUAUACAUGAACUCCGGUUCCUUGAUAACAUAAUACAUGAUGCUAAUUGUAUACAACCAUUUUCUUUUUAAUGCGCUUAUACUUAUAUAAUUAUAUGUAUAUGUCAUUAUAUUUUACGUAGAAAUUUAAAGCAUAAACACGUAUUGAAAAAAAUUAUUUGUUCAUGCUAUAUAAAAAUAAUAUUUUUAUUAACAUAAUAUACAUUUACCGAGAAUAUAAUUUUGAAAGAAUGGACUUUUAACAUAUUAUGUAUAUUUUGUAGGUAAUCUUAAAUAUUGUUGUUAGUUGAGUUCGUCAAUGACUUAAACGUGCCAUUUAUAUUUACGUACCUUCGAGUCUACGCGCCAAUUCUUUCGUGAACAGCACAUUGGCCAGUUUACUUUGACUAUAAGCCGCAAUAGCCGAAUAAUUCUUGUCGGAGUUGAUGUCUUCAAAAUUGAUCGAACCCCCUUAAAAUAAACAUUUUGAGUAUCUUUUUUUGUAUUUUUGAAUUUUUAAACAUUUUAGGAACUGACUCGUAUGUGCCAUUGACGACACGUUAAUGAUUCGGGCGGGUGUCGAAUUUCGGAUUCUUGGCAAGAGGAGAGAUGUAAACAGAAAGUGUCCCAAGUGAUUUACACCAAAUUGAGUUUCGAAACUGUCUUGAGUUUUUCCUUUGGGACAAGUCAUUACGCCUGAAAUAGGUUAAUAAUUAAGUGUUAUUUAUUAGGUUAGGUAGGUAUAGGUACUCUAACCGCACUCUUAUACUCAAAAGUCGAGAUGGACAAUUGGCUAAUUCCCACUACCAAUUUCUCUUUAAAAAGUGUAAUUUUAAACAGAAAUCACCAUAUUUAUAUUAAUUUAGGUUUCAUUAUUAUUGGUGUGUAAAUAAAUCGAAUAAAAAUAAAUAGGUAAUAAUGAAAUCGUGAAAUUUGUUAACAAUUAUUGUAUUAAAAAAAGUAUAUUUAUGAACUUUAUAUUUGACCGACAAUAGGACGUGUUUCCCACGGUUAUCCUUUAAUCCUGCAAGCUUAGACUCAAACUCCAUAUAAUUGUAUGUACAAGAAGCAUAUUUGGAUAGGUGUGUACUACUGACCGGCGUUGUUCACCAACAGAUGAAUUUGUUUUUCCUUUUGUAAAAUACUUUUUGCGCAACGUUUGAUCGACGCGAAAGACGCUAAAUCUAAUUCUUCCACUAUCAGUUGUCCGAGGCCGUCGCCUUUUACUUCAGCCACGAUUUCCGAUACGGCCUGUUCCGCUUUUCUGACGUCCCGGCACGCCAAUAUGACCUUUGCACCUGAAAUUUUGUACACCGCAGUAUAGGUAAUUAACAAUUUAUUUAUUUGUUCAUACAUAAUUUUUAUUAAUUGCAUAUAAUAAUUAUUCAAUGUUCGCGAUGAAGAAAAAUUGUGUUACAUCGGUUUUUAAUAAAACUUUAACCUACGCAAUCAUCACCUAUAUCUGUUUAUGAAGUAUUAUUUGUUAUUUAGAUUUGUAUGUUGGUCAUACAUAUUGCAACAGUUAUUUGUACUUAUCACAUUAUACUUGUACGAAAAAAUAUAUUUUAAUUAUUUAUUAUGUACCAUAUAUUGUACGCGUUAUGACUGUUUAUCAUUAGGUAUACUUAAUGUAUACAUACGCCCAGUAUAUGGCGUAGUUCUAAACCGUGUCUCGGAUUGUUUUGCAGGGUACGACUGUAUUGUUUUCCGAUUAUAAUUAUUACUUAAAUAUUAUAAUUUAUAAUAAUAUACCUUUAAAAAAAAACAUUUGGUUAGAACAAACAAUUUUAAAUUAUUGUAAACAAAACGCUAUUACAAACUAGGUAUAUAAGCUUCCGGUUUUGUAAAAAUUUUAUUACCUAUAUUUAAAAUAUUAUAUUACCUACUUAUCUUUGUAAAUGAUCUACUUUGAAAUUUUGAAUAAUUAAUAUAUUGAUGUAAAUGUUGUUUAUAAUUUAUUAUAUAACUAUUAUAGUUACAUUUAUCUAGGAAUUGUUUUUUUGCAUAUUUUAUCUCAACAAAUGUUAUUAGUAUAAAUAGUAUACAAAUUAAAGUAAAACCAGAAAUUAAUUUUAUAGAAAAAUCAAUUUAUAAGUUGAUGUUGAGUAUGGUAAUCAAUUCGGGUGCCAUCUAUUAUCAAUUAUCAUACUUACCUAAACGUUUUUACUUAACAUUUUAGAUUAUCUAUGUAAUUGCAAAUUGAUAAUUAUUGGGCAUUAUCACCAUGUCGGAUCAUAUAAUAAAAGUUAAAAUAAAAUAAUUAUAAACUUGUUAAAA